AAUCAAGCAAACAUCCCGUUAUUUACCUAGUUGAAGCUGAACUCAAACUAUCGUGUUAGAUUGGAUUGCAAAUACUUACACUUUCUCAUCGUUUCAAACCUCCAAAAAUUAUUUGAUACCAUAUUUGAGCCUCAAUUAAUCUAACAGUUCAGUAAUUAAGUUUUAUCGGCAACUAGUUAUUUUAACCCAUUCUAGUGACUCAUAACAAUAGCUAUGGUGAACUAUUCUGAGGAGCUCGGAGCGCAGAAGUAUCAACAGCUGGUGGAUGUUUUCCAAUCGCUGGACGAGAACGGCAAUGGAACUCUGGACUCCAGUGAGAUUGGGAAGUUGUUUGCAGAAGUGGGUGCCCCCCUCUCCCCCGACCAGCUGGUCCAACUGGUGGAAGAGGUGGACAAGGAUCGGAAUGGGGUCAUCAGUCUCGAGGAAUUCCUACAGAUGUACCUGAAACACAAACAGCAAAAAGCGUCUGGCGAAACCGACAGUUCACUGGGCCGAAAACUGUCCAAAGCAGUCGAAUUAGUACAGACAAAAAACGAAGCCUCAGGUGCUGUCCACUCCUAUUCGGAGCCGGAAGUCAGGGCCUUUUCCCAGUACAUAAAUGACAAUCUGUCUGGAGACCCUCUUUGUAAGAAGUACCUGCCACUGAUUGGGGUUGAUCUUUUCACCAAGAUGAAGGACGGAGUCUUACUCAUCAAAGUGAUCAACCUCUCUGCUCCUGACACGAUUGACGAGCGCGUGAUCAACAAGAACCCAAAGAACGAGUUUCAGAUGAGAGAGAACCACGAUUUGGCAGUGACAACUGCAUCAUCCAUAGGAUGCAGAAUUGUGAACAUAGGGGCCAAUGAUAUCAUGGCCGGAACUCCCCAUUUGGUGCUGGGUCUGCUCUGGCAAGUUAUCAGGAUUGGACUGGUGAGUAAAGUGAAUCUGCAAAUGCACCCUGGCCUAGCCAAACUGGUGGACAGUGAAAACGGGGAGACCCUCAAGGACCUGGCAUCCAUGUCUCCGGAGGACCUGCUCAUCAGAUGGGUCAACUACCACUUGGCAAACGCAGGCACCAACAAGAGAAUCAAAAACUUCUCGGACGACAUCAAGGACUCAGAGGCCUAUGCCCACUUGCUGGAUCAAAUUGCACCCAAAGAGAAGAAAUCAGAGAUGGCGUCACCUCAGACUGUCAUGUGUAACCCGAAGCUACUGGAGAGGGCAGAAACUAACUUAGAGAGUGCGGAUAAACUGGAUUGCAGAAAAUUCGUCACCCCUCAGGACAUCGUGGAUGGGAAUGACAAAUUGAACAUGGCGUUUGUGGCCAAUCUGUUCAACAACUACCCUGGACUGAAUGAGGAGGAGGAGCCAGUGGCCCCCGAGGAGAUCAUCACAGAGACCAGGGAGGAGAAAACCUUCCGUAACUGGAUCAACAGUCUAGGUUUGGGAACCCCCGAGGGCUUCAAGCCCAAAUGGGAGGCAACCUAUGUGAACAACCUGUACGGGGGACUGGCCAAUGGACUCAUCAUACUCGCCAUCGAGGACACCAUUCGGCCAGAGACAGUAGACUGGAGCAAAGUGUGUUUUCCCCCGUUUAAGCAGAACAGAGCCGAGAUCCAGUCGAGACAGAACUGCAAGUAUGCCAUAGACUAUGCACCCAAGAUCAGUGGACUCAAACUGGUCUCCAUAGGGGGAAAUGACAUUUACGAUGAACGGGAGACGUUGGUGCUAGGUCUUGUUUGGCAACUGAUGCGUGCUUACACCAAAAAUAUUCUGGACAGUUUGAACUCGGAGGGCAAUGAGCCAGCUGAGACAACUGGCCAGAAGAAGCAAGAAGUGGAAGGAUUCAUCAUCACAUGGGUUAACUCAGCUCUCUCAACUGCUGGCAAAGAAAGCCAGAUUGCUGACUUCAAAGACAAGUCGAUCCAGAGUUCCAUUCCAAUUGUGGACCUAAUCGAAGCCAUCCGACCAAAUACUGUCGACUACUCUCUGUUGGAUACCCAAUCAAACACACCUGAGAUAUUGCUGAGUAACGCCAAACUGGCGAUCAAUUGGGGCAGGAAAAUUGGGGCUAAAAUUUACGCCUUGCCAGAAGAUGUAGUUGAAUUGAAGCACAAAAUGGUGAUGACUAUAUUUGCCUGUCUUAUGGAAAGAGGCUUGCAAAACAAAUCAUGAAUUCUGAAAAAUGUACAAAAUAGAAAUUUAUAAAAAUUAAAAUGCAGUUAUUUUAUUCCAAACAUAUGAUACAAUUUACAUUUGUUAAUAAGGAUAAUUUUUGUCAAAAUAUAAAUGAGCCUGUUCACUAGCUGGGAAAGUAAAAUAUUUUUGAAAUAUUUAUUACUCAAUUAGAUUUUACAUUGCAUCUAGGUUUGAUGCCAUUAAAUCCUUGUUUUUGAUUUCGGACUCUUUUCAUUGUUGGAUGAUUUUCUCCAAUUUCAAAAUGUUCAGUGGAUAUUCCCAAUAUUUGAACAGGCUCAACUUUUUGCCGCAUAAAUCGUUGCAUAAUAUAGCAUCUGUUCCCAUUGUGCAUCUGAAGAAAAUGUUUCUAGAGCCGUAACUAUUCAUGAAUGGGAUCUGCAGUGGUGUCAGUAGAGCACCACCCACAACACUCUUCACAUUCAACUCAUAUACAU